AACUGUAAAUGAUUCAGAUCAGCAAAUAAGCGCCGCAUUUUAAUAAUUGUUAAAGAAUACGAGCCUUUUAAACCUUAAUCAGAAGAACACGCUGAACCCGGACACUCCGGCGAUUCAGUCACUGCUGAAACUCCUUCAACUGAAGACCGGAUUUACAUCAUGUGAGUAACUGUAAAUGAUUCAGAUCAGCAAAUAAGCGCCGCAUUUUAAUAAUUGUUAAAGAAUACGAGCCUUUUAAACCUUAAUCAGAAGAACACGCUGAACCCGGACACUCCGGCGAUUCAGUCACUGCUGAAACUCCUUCAACUGAAGACCGGAUUUACAUCAUCGCCAGUACGAGUCGUCGUAUACGCUGGAAUGGGCCUAUAUGAACUCACUCUGUUACUUCUGUUUUCUCAGUGUGUGAGAAUGGAGCAUCUGUCAGAAGCGCAGGCACAGUUUGCCCUCAAUCUGUUCCAGAAAAUCAGUGAGGGAAACGCGUCAGGAAAUGUCUUUUAUUCUCCUCUCAGCAUCUCUGCUGCUCUUUCUAUGCUGUCUCUCGGAGCAGGAGGAAACACGGCGUCUCAGAUGACCCGGACUUUGCAAUUUCCCGAAGCGGAGGGUGAAAUCCACGCUGGCUUCACCAAGCUCCUGAGCGAGAUGAACAAAGCAGGAGCUCCGUACGCGCUGAGUCUCGCCAAUCGCCUCUACGGAGAGCAGUCCUACCGAUUUGUUGAGAAAUUUCUUAGUGACACAAAGAGCCUGUAUCAGACUGAACUGGAGACGGUGGACUUCUUCGGUCAGGCGGACGCGGCGCGGGUCGACAUCAACAGCUGGGUGGAGAAACAGACACAAGAGAAGAUCAAGGACCUGUUGGCAGAAGGGGAUGUGGAUUCUGAGACUAAACUGGUGCUGGUGAACGCCAUCUACUUCAAGGGCAACUGGGAGAGGAAGUUCACAAAGGAAGAGACCCGAGAAGAGCAGUUCAAGCUGAACAAGAAUGAAUCGAAGCUAGUGCGGAUGAUGAUCCAGGAGGCCGAGUUUCCUCUGGCCUUCAUUCCUGACGUGAACUGUCAGAUUCUCGAGCUGCCGUAUGUGGGGAAAGAGCUCAGUAUGCUGAUCAUGCUUCCCAACGCCAUGGAGGACGACACCACCGGCCUUCAGAAGCUGGAGAGCGCGCUGACCUACGAGAACUUCAUGGAGUGGACCCGACCUGACAUGAUGGAUCUACAGGAAGUCGAAGUGUCUCUGCCCAGAUUCAGGAUGGAGGAAACCUAUAACAUGAAGGAUCUUCUGAUCAGCCUGGGAAUGGUGGAUGCGUUUGACUCGCAGAAAGCCAAUUUUUCAGGAAUGUCCCCCAGCAACGAUCUGGUGCUGUCUGAGGUGGUGCAUAAGUCCUUUGUUGAAGUGAAUGAAGAGGGGACAGAGGCAGCUGCAGCCACCAGUGCUGUCGUUACGAACAGCAUACCGAAUCGCUUUUACGCCAAUCACCCUUUCCUCUUCUUCAUACGCCACAAUCCCUCUAAGAGCAUUCUAUUCUACGGACGUGUCUGCUCUCCUUGAGAUCCCAACACAGAUGUGACAACUUGCUGAUGGGUUUGAUCGGUUUAGAACGAAUCAUAAUACUGGCAGAUGAGGGAUCAGGGUUCUGGUCUGUGCGCUACAUGUGUUGAAAUGUCCUUUUGCCUUAAUUCCUGAGUGCCUGUGUUGUUUCUUCUACUGAAUAUUCUGGAGUGAAAUUGUUUAUGCAUUUACUCUAAAGGUGCUUGCAACAUUAUGAAUAAACAACUUGUGAUUGUUCAAAAAAUUAAAAUGAAA